UCUCCUGAACAAUAACAAGUGACAAGCUCUCAUCUCUUCUAUUAUUCAGUUCUGCACGGCCGGGGGGCAUGGAUGGUGCCUCUUUUGAUGGCUCUACAUCCAUGCUGAAUCUGCUGUGUAUCAAAGAACCAGGAAGUUGUCGGCGCCUGCAGACCCCAACUAGUCGCAGCGACCGACCUCGCACUGGUUACCCGUUCGAGUAUCUGAGGUGUCCACCCCCCGGAUUUGGAUGACCCCCUAUUGUAACACAUCACUUUUUGAAAGCCGCCCCUUAGAAAACCAAAUCGAGCAUGGUUUUCUGCGGGAAGCCGAGCAAAGGUUGCGGCGAAUGUCGAUCUCGAAAGAUCCGGUGCGACCAGGCCCGACCAACCUGCUCGCAAUGCGUCAAGGGCAACAGGGUUUGUCCUGGGUAUCGCGACGAACUGUCCCUGAUGUUCCGCGAUGAGAGCCAACAAGUAGUCCGCAAGGCCAAGACUGGUGCGACAUCAUCGACGACGUCAACGGCCGCCAGUCGUCGGGCCAGAAAGACCGCCCAUCGCACGGCGUCCUCGACCGGGAGUACUAGUGGUCCCCAAUCGGGCAAAAGGGGCCGGGCUCCUGCUCCUGCUCCCGCUCCCGGUCCGGGCUCGAUCCCAACGGAUACCGAUUUCAAUAAUAAUCAUGAUGAUGAUACCUCCUCCUCCGAUCUGCAGCUGUCACCGACGACGGUGCAGCAGCUGACUCCACCGUCCCCCAGUAUUGACUUCCAGCCGUCUUAUCAGUUCACCAAGGAUGAGGCCGUCUGUUUCUUUCUGCGCUUCCAUGCCUGGCCGGGCGUGUUUCGGAUGUCCGAAGGCUCCACUGAGGUCUUUAACCUUUCUGGGGCUACCCCGAGCGAGCAGGCUAUGAAUGCCUGUAUCAUUUCGGUGGGCACCGCAAUGCUCUCGCGUCUCAGGCAGUCUACGCAGUUGAAAAUCGCCGCCGAGAAGGAGUACGGUCAUGCGUUGGGUCUGUUGACUUCGGCUGUCGCGGACGAGGAGGAGGCUAAGUCGAAUCCGACUCUUGCGGCAGUAUUAUUGCUGGCAAUCUUCGAGGUCAUCACGUGUAGGACUCUCCGAAGCAUUGAGAAGUGGACGAGUCAUAUUUACGGGGCUGCUGCCUUGUUAGAACUGCGUGGUACUGAACAACUUCAGGAUGAGGACGGGUUGAAGCUCUUUGUCCAACUGAGGUUUCAAAUUAUUAUCAGUUGCUUACAGAAGGGCGCUCGCGUGCCCCAGCCGGUGCUCGAAUGCUCAAAACUCGCCAUGUUCUUACGCCCACAGGCAGAGGCAUACGGCGAUCGCCUAAUCAGCAUUGCUGGCCGACUGUCCAAUCUCCGGGCAGAUAUCAACGCCAAGAUCUUGACGGACCAAAAGGAGAUCCUAUCCACAGCGUAUACUAUUGAGGCGGAACUGAUGGCCUGGAUUGCCGCUCUUCCGCCCGAAUUUCUCUACACGAGUAUCGAGGACCCAAACCCCGAUCUGUUGGCCCAGAAGAUAGGCAGCGGUCCCGCCCCGUACGGCGGGCGCUAUCACAUCUACCAUGACCUCUGGCUCUGUCAUACCUGGAACCAAUACCGGUGCACCCGGAUCAUCGUAAGCGAGAUCAUCCUCGGCUGUCUCCGCCGAAUCGCCAUCAACUCGAAGGCAGCGGCGGUGUCGAGCGAACUCCAAAGCCAUUGCGGCCGCCUGCGCAAUACCACCCGCCAGUUGGCCAUGGAUAUCUGCUGCAGCGUCCCCUUCCAUUUCGGUGUUGGCAACGUGGCCACAAAGCCUCUCGGCAGCGUCCCCUUGGGCCAGAGCUACAUCGGCGGCUUAAUCCUCCUCUGGCCGUUGAUCCUGGCCGGAGCCACCGAGAGCAAACACCAUCCUCUACGUAACUGGGUCAUAGAUUGUCUGUAUGUGAUCGGACACAGCAUGGGCAUCGACCAAGCUCUUCUUCUCAUCGAUGUUCUGGAAACCGAAACCGGCGUGUUCGACGGCGUCCAGGUCGGCGAAGACGGGGUUUUCUUUCGCGAGUCGGGCGGAACUACCGAGGGGAAUAAGGUUCUGACAGGGACCUGGGGUCCUUGAUUGUGAUUUUUGGAUUCUUUUGUAUAUGUUUCUGGGUCUCAUGAUUCUAGUUUUAUUGUGUAUAUUCUUGUCUGUGUGGCGAAUCUCGCGAAUGAUACCUUUGCUUUCUUUCUCCUUUUUUUAUCCCUUGCUUGUGAAACUUGCCAGUCAGAUCUGGGUUACAUUGACACUUCUUGUGUGACGAUAAAAAUUACUAACACCGGGUCAAGUUUCUUUGCUUUUGCGGGAUGGUGGUUCAGGGUGCACAGUGGUGAAGAGCGAACAUCACUAGAAACUCCAUUGCUUUUCUCUUUUCUAGAAAGAAGAUAGUAUAGAUCAGACUAAAUCUAAACAACAUGCCUUCCCC